AUGCCAAGAAGCAGAUGUCCUCCACCAGCAUACCGAAACAUGCAGGAUCACAAGCAAAAAAGACGUGUGUACAAUCGACACAACGGAAGUCGUGAAAAUUAA